GCGAGGGAAAAAGGUCAAUUGUGCCCUCCCCCUUGAAAGGGCGGCUUUGCUUUCAAUACCGGAAGCGGGAAAUUCAUGGGUUGAUAUGCAGAGAGAGAAAACGAGUGUGAUCAAUCUCACAAUACACGCUUGAGAGGGGGUUAAAUCUCUGAGAAGUUAGAGAGAGCGAAUAGAGAGAGAUGGGGAAGAAGCAGCACAGCAAGGACCGGAUGUUCAUCACGAAAACAGAGUGGGCUACUGAAUGGGGGGGCGCCAAAUCCAAAGAUCUCACUACUCCCUUCAAGCGGUUGCCCUUCUACUGUUGCUCGCUUUCAUUCACGCCAUUCGAGGAUGCUGUUUGCACAUCUGAUGGGAGUGUAUUUGAUGCGAUGAAUAUUAUUCCUUACAUCAAUAAAUUUGGGAAGCAUCCUGUUAGUGGGGCGUCAUUAAAGGUUUCUGACCUCAUUCCCCUUCAUUUCCACAAGAACUCAGAAGGAGAGUUCCAUUGCCCAGUUUUGAAUAAAGUCUUUACAGAGUUCACAUACAUAGUUGCAGUUAGACCAACAGGAAAUGUAUUCUCUUAUGAGGCAGUCAAAGAACUGAAUCUGAAAUCCAAGAACUGGAAGGAGUUACUCACAGAUGAACCUUUUACAAGAGAAGAUCUAAUCACGAUUCAGAACCCAAAUGCCCUUGAUGCAAAGGUCCUCACAGAUUUUGAUCAUGUUAAAAAUGGCUUGAAAGUUGAUGAUGAAGAACUAAGGAAGAUGCAAGAGGACCCAUUCUAUAACAUCAAUGCAUCUGGUGAUAUCAAGCAGAUGUUGAAAGAACUUGGAACUGAGAAGGGAAGGCAAACUGCCUUGCAUGGUGGAGGUGGUAAUAAAGCCCAACAUGAAAGAGCUGCUGCCCUUGCUGCCAUUUUAGAUUCUAGGUCAGAAAUUAAAGAGAAUUCAAACUUGAAAGCAAAUGGGGAGAAAAAAAAUGCGCAGUCUUUUAGCAUAGUAGAUGCUGCAUCAGCUUCAGUAAAUGGGAGAAGUGCAGCAGCUGCCAAAGCAGCAUCGGACGAUAAGACAGCUGCACACAUCGCUGUGCACAUGGCUGGUGAGCGACAACCUGUGAAUGCCAAAAUGGUGAAAAGCCGUUUCACAACUGGAGCAGCAUCACGAUCUUUCACUUCUACCAGUUAUGACCCUGUAACCACGAAUGAUUUUGAAUACAUCAAAGUUGAGAAGAACCCAACUAAGAAAGGCUAUGUUCAAUUGCACACAACACAUGGAGAGUUGAACAUUGAGUUGCAUUGUGAUAUAACUCCUCGAGCAUGUGAAAAUUUCAUUACAUUGUGUGAAUGUGGCUAUUAUAAUGGUGUAGCAUUCCACAGAAGCAUCAGGAAUUUCAUGAUUCAAGGUGGUGACCCUACAGGCACUGGAAAAGGUGGAGAGUCCAUAUGGGGUAAACCUUUCCAAGAUGAACUGAACUCAAAGUUGCUUCACUCAGAGAGGGGAAUUGUCAGCAUGGCAAAUAGUGGGCGCCAUACGAAUGGAUCCCAAUUUUUCAUAUUAUACAAGUCUGCAAAGCAUCUGAACUUCAAACAUACUGUAUUUGGUAGAGUAGUGGGUGGAAUGACCACACUGGCAUUAAUGGAGAAGGUUCCUGUUGAUGAUGAUGAUCGCCCUUUGGAAGAAAUAAAGAUAACAAGUGUCACAGUAUUUGUAAAUCCUUACACCGAACCAGAUGAAGAAGAGAAGGGAAAGGAGGAGGAGAAAGUUGAUGACGACUAUGAUAAAGUGGGUUCAUGGUUUAGCAAUCCAGUUAAAGGAACAACAGGAGCCCCUGCAAUUGGCAGUGGGGUGGGCAAGUAUUUAAAAGCUAAAACUAUCAAUCCAGAAGCUGAGAAAGGAUCUGAGGAAAGUGGCCACAUCAAGAAGAGGAAAGUAAGCGCUUCAGUCUCCGAAUUCAAGGAUUUCUCUGCUUGGUAAGAGAGUGAUCCGAGUGUUGUAACAUAUGUUUUGUGAAGGAAAUCAAAUGCUUGCGACUGCUUCUUCACUCUCUACUAUAACCAAAGAAAGCAUUGGUUUAGAAAGCAGUCGAUUCCAAAGUGUUAACAUAUUGUAACUUUGUCUAUGUUACCAAGUACACAUGAUUCCAGCUGAGAUUGCUUUCCUGGAAAGAAAUGAGAUUUUUUUUUAAGUGGCUGAUUGAAAUGAUUUUGGCCACC